AUGAUAUAUACACCUUUAUCGAUUUUCGCAAAGGAUAUAAAUAAAGCUGUCAUCUUCUUAAAUCAUCCAGUGAAUAUAACAGAGAAUCUUUUUAAGAUUCUGUGGAGAAAAGCUUAUCCCAUAGCUUUUGUAGAUGGAUUUGCUAAUCAAGUGUACAAUAACCAAAAUUUUAGGCAUACUUAUUUACCAAACUUUGUAACUGGUGAUUUCGACUCUAUUGAGGCAGAAGUCUUACAGUUUUAUCGUUCACAAAAGAAUGUUACAGUUGUAGAGACACCGGAUCAAGAUGAAACAGAUUUUACAAAAUGUUUACGUAUACUUAUCCGUUACAUAGAAGAGAAUAAUACAAAAGUAGGUAUACUUACUGCUGUACAAAUGAGUGGUGGAAGAUUCGACCAUGAAAUGGCAUUAAUUAAAACGCUAUACGAUACAAAAAGCAUCACCAGUCGUCUUCCAUUAUUUCUAGUAACUGAAUGUUCAAUUACAUUUUUAUUGGAUAAGGGUGAACAUAUUGUAUAUGCUAAUACUGGAUAUGAAGCAGAACAUGUGGGAUUAAUUCCAAUAGGACAACCUUGUCAAGUGACAACUAAAGGUCUUCAAUGGAAUUUAGAUAAUACAGUUCUAUCAUUCAACGAUGGUAUUGUUUCAACAUCGAAUCGAUUGGUGGAUGAAAUUGUUGAAGUGAAAUGCAAUCAUCCAUUAGUAUUUACUAUGGAAUAUAAUACGGAUAAAGUAUUUAAUAAUAAUACUUCAGGAGACUGA